AGAAGAAGAGUGCUUGUGCUUGCUAGAUUUUUCGGAAGAAUCUCGAGUUUUUACCAGAAGUUUCGGUAAAUAUUCCGCCAUUUUAGGGAUUUAUCCCUCGGGAGUGCUGUGAAUCGCGAUUUUUUCUUUACCCUAAUCGAUUAACUCCUCUGUGUCUUUUACCGUUGCCAAAUAAGUUUUCCCAAUGCAGGGCCAAGUUCAACAACAAGCUACAAAUCAAGUCGUUGGUACAGGGAAUGUGAUUUUAAAAAUGAGUGAUAUUUUGCCCAUAACCACUGUUGGCCUAUUGGAACUUGCCCACCGUGAAUAUCAAGCUGGUGAUUAUGAGAAUGCAGAAAGACAUUGCAUGCAGCUGUGGCGGCAAGAGAGUAACAACACAGGUGUCUUGUUACUUUUAUCUUCAAUUCACUUCCAAUGCCGGCAACUGGACAAAUCUGCCCACUUCAGCACACUAGCAAUCAAACAAAAUCCCAUCCUUGCAGAAGCAUAUAGCAACUUAGGCAAUGUUUACAAAGAACGAGGCCAGUUAACUGAGGCACUAGAUAACUACAAGCAUGCUGUCAGGCUAAAACCAGACUUCAUUGAUGGCUACAUCAAUUUGGCAGCAGCAUUGGUCGCUGCCGGAGAUAUGGAGCAAGCCGUGCAAGCUUAUGUCUCUGCUUUGCAAUACAAUCCAGAAUUAUACUGUGUGCGCAGUGACCUUGGUAACCUGUUGAAGGCUUUGGGCCGGCUCGAUGAAGCUAAGGCUUGUUAUUUGAAAGCAAUCGAAACUAGACCGGACUUCGCCGUUGCUUGGAGUAAUCUGGGCUGUGUGUUCAACGCUCAAGGAGAAAUUUGGCUCGCCAUUCAUCAUUUUGAAAAGGCUGUAGCUUUAGACCCGAAUUUCUUGGACGCGUACAUCAACUUGGGAAACGUUUUGAAGGAAGCGAGAAUCUUCGAUCGAGCGGUUGCAGCCUAUUUGCGUGCGCUGAAUCUGAGUCCCAACAAUGCGGUCGUCCAUGGAAAUCUUGCGUGUGUGUAUUACGAGCAAGGGUUAAUCGAUCUUGCUAUUGACACCUAUCGCAGAGCAAUAGAAUUGCAACCAAAUUUCCCUGACGCCUACUGUAAUCUUGCCAACGCUUUAAAGGAAAAAGGACAGGUUCUUGAAGCGGAAGAAUGUUACAACACAGCUUUACGUCUAUGUCCCACCCAUGCGGACUCCUUGAACAAUCUCGCGAACAUCAAACGCGAGCAAGGCUACAUCGAAGAAGCCACGAGGCUUUACCUGAAAGCUUUGGAGGUGUUCCCAGAAUUUGCUGCCGCGCAUUCAAACCUGGCAUCUGUUCUUCAGCAACAAGGGAAACUGAACGAAGCCCUGAUGCAUUACAAAGAAGCAAUCCGCAUCCAACCCACUUUUGCCGAUGCCUACAGCAACAUGGGAAAUACGCUGAAAGAAAUGCAGGACAUUCAGGGAGCCCUCCAAUGCUACACUCGCGCAAUUCAAAUAAAUCCAGCCUUUGCAGAUGCUCACAGCAAUUUAGCUUCCAUCCACAAGGAUUCAGGAAAUAUUCCAGAAGCCAUCCAGUCCUACAGAACUGCUCUGAAGUUGAAACCCGAUUUCCCAGACGCUUACUGCAAUCUAGCUCACUGCCUGCAAAUAGUCUGCGACUGGACAGAUUACGAAGCCCGAAUGAAAAAGCUUGUUUCCAUUGUUGCUGAACAGCUAGAAAAGAACCGUCUUCCAUCCGUGCACCCUCAUCAUUCGAUGUUGUAUCCCCUGUCGCAUGAGUUCCGCAAAGCGAUUGCGGCCAGGCACGCCAACCUUUGCUUGGAAAAGAUUCACGUUCUGCACAAGCCAGAGUACAAAUUCAUCAAAGAACUUGCUCCAAAUGGCAGGCUCCGUAUCGGCUAUGUAUCGUCAGACUUCGGGAAUCAUCCAACGUCCCAUUUGAUGCAGUCAAUUCCAGGUCUUCACACCAGGUCUCGUGUUGAGAUUUUCUGCUAUGCUUUAUCCCCAGAUGACGGAACCACUUUCCGCGCCAAAAUCGCUCGAGAGGCAGAGCAUUUCAUCGAUUUGUCGCAGGUUCCAUGCAAUGGCAAAGCUGCCGAUAAGAUCAACGGUGAUGGCAUACAUAUUCUGGUCAACAUGAAUGGAUACACAAAAGGUGCACGAAACGAAAUCUUUGCCCUCAGACCGGCUCCAGUUCAAGUCAUGUGGUUAGGUUACCCCGGCACCAGUGGUUCUCCAUUCAUGGAUUAUCUUAUCACAGAUAGAGUAACCUCACCUCUGGAACUAGCCUCGCAAUACAGUGAAAAACUAGCCUACAUGCCACAUACUUUCUUCGUCGGAGACCACAGACAGAUGUUCCCUCAUCUCAAGGAACGACUCAUUCUUGCUGAAAAGACAACCAUCGCUGGAAAGGAAGUUGCUGAUAAUGUUGCGGUUAUAAAUGCAACGGACUUGUCACCCAUGAUCGAACAUACACAGGUGAAGGAAAUCAGAGAAGUCGUUAUUCCCAGCGACCCAGAAACCAAGCAAAACCGUCCAGUGGAAGUCAGUCUGCGUGUUGCUGAGUUGCCAACAACAACACCAAUUGAGACGAUGAUCGCUUCCGGUCAAGUUCAAACAAGCUUGAACGGUGUUGUGGUGCAGAACGGUCUUGCCACAAACCAAACCAACAACAAGGCAGCCACCGGGGAAGAGGUACCACAGAGUAUCGUCAUCACCACUCGGCAGCAGUACGGCCUCCCUGAAGAUGCAGUUGUUUACUGCAAUUUCAACCAGCUGUACAAAAUUGACCCCCUUACCCUUCAGAUGUGGGUUAAAAUUCUUCAAGCCGUGCCAAACAGCGUUCUGUGGCUUUUGCGCUUUCCAGCUGUCGGUGAAACCCACCUGCAGGCCUCAGCUCAAGCACUCGGCUUGGCCCCAGGUAGAAUACUGUUCAGUAAUGUAGCCGCGAAAGAAGAGCACGUCCGAAGAGGUCAGCUGGCAGAUGUUUGCUUAGACACUCCUCUGUGCAAUGGCCACACCACAUCAAUGGACAUUCUAUGGACUGGCACUCCAGUUGUCACACUUCCUGGUGAAACGCUUGCUUCCCGAGUCGCUGCUUCUCAAUUGGCAACUCUCGGCUGUCCGGAACUUGUUGCCCGAUCUCGACAAGAAUACCAGGAUAUCGCCAUCCGACUUGGAACAGACAAAGAAUAUUUGAGAGCAAUGCGUGCUGAAGUAUGGAGAGCCCGAACCGAAAGUCCUCUCUUUGAUUGUCGACAGUAUGUUCUCGGCAUGGAGAAGCUCUACCGAGUGAUGUGGGACAGGCAUAUCGCAGGCCACAAACCAGACCACAUCACAGCCAAUGAUCCACUGAUAAACAAACAAAACGCUAGGAAUCAAUCAGACUUGUAAAUAGCUGCGAAAGCAAUCUGUACAUAAGUUUUUAAAGUUUAUUUUAAAUCUGUUGAGCAUUCUUUGCAAGUAUGUACUAUGAAAAUGCAGCUUUCUUAGAUUUUUGGGAUAAAAACCUGGGUUGAUGAUGAUGCUAGACCCUAUUAACAACAAAUAAGUUUUAUUUUACUUAUCGAAUCUGUAUUUUAUUUUUAUAUUUCAUGAAUUGCUUCAACCCAAUAUUUUUCAUUGGUUUUCCAUCUGAACUGGAGCGAAGAGCUCACAAGAAUUUAUGCUAUCAUGUUCCUCUUUUCUUUUCUUUUUUAAUGUGAAAUUAUUUGUAGCCUCUCGUAGCUUGGUUAAAUCUUCUAAGAAUUGAUUAAUAUGUUUCUUGUCAUUAGGCAUUUCUUCCCAGAACAUGUAUCUAAUGUAAUUAAUCAUCCUCUUUGUCUCCUUGAGACAAAAAAUUGUGAUAUCAAGGCCCCCAUGUCCAAAUCAAAAUUUCUAGCUCUUAAUAAUCCUAAUUUUGUCCCUCUAUUUUUUCUGAUCAUUGAACAUAGAGAGCGUUGAAUAAUAUCCUCUUCAAGCCGAAAUUUGAAAGUGCGUCUUUUGUUAUCACAGGACAGAACAAAGACAAGAGUGGAAUGUGACUUUUUGAAAGGUUCGAACACUAGCAAUGUCUUUCUGAUACUGAGUCGUUCAGUGAAAGUUGAUUUGAUUAGAUUUUCGAGAAACUUUGCCAUCUUUUCACCCUCUCCUCUGAGUGAAAGGAAGUUUUAAUUCGUCAUAUAAAAGAAAUAGAACAUUCAGACACAUUUAGAAAAACUGAAAGUGUUUGAAAUUUAAGUUUCAAGAAUGACCGCUGACGGAAGAAACUUUUUUACGAAUUUACGAAGCUAUGACUUUUUGCAUUUUAUAUCUAAUAUUAUUUGUAUGAGCUGCUAAGUCACUGCAGUCAGGUUUUUCGUUCCAUUUUUAUUGCAGAGAUGCAUGAAUUAAAGUGCAGAAUUCUCCCUAUAAUAUGCGCAAACUGGCCAAAGAUACACUUGUAGUUCAAAUUAGCAAACUUAACUGCAGUUUUACAGUAUCUCUCUCAAAGUACAUUAAAUUAUAAAAAACUAAGGCAUCUUGUUUUAUGCUUUCUGAUAGUAAGCUUCCUGAAAGUGUCUUGAAUUUCUUCUGAGAGGCAGAAAAGUUGAACCUUUUUUUUUUUUCAUACCAUGUAACUUCUUUUAACACUUGUAUGUUGUUGCAUGCUUUGCUCAGCCGUGAAAUUAAGACAGUUGUACUGUAAUUUAAUUAUUUUCAAGAUUAAAAGCGGAUGUCAGAACGUCUAGCAUUGACAGUGUACGCCUUUUAAACUUUAGACUUCAAUGCCUUUGAUUCUCAUGAUGUUCUCUCCCAGUGUGGCAAUGAUGCAAUAGCAAUAUGAAAGUGAAUACAAUUAUCACAAAAUUAUGCUGCUACUGCGAUGGAAAUAUAAUUGAAAGUAAUUACCUAUUGCUUUUUAGUGCUUUGACUCUCAUUCGAUUGUAAUCACAUGACCUGGAUCAAAAAAUGUAUUAUCAAGCAUUAGGCAUUUAGAUUUACAAUUUGAAUUAUGUUCUCAAAGAGUCUUUGCCACAUCUAGUCGUUAAUGGCAACUGUGUCCCACUGUGAAGUUAUGGAGCUUCAUUGUUUGAUGAGUAAAAAUCAUUAUUGCUUAUUUUCCGCAAAUAUCCAGUUAAGUUUAGUGGGAAGUGAGGCUGUUUAUCAGAGUUGAUGGAUGAUGAUAACUCAAAGAAGUUUAUUAUGGCACAAUAUUUUCUGUGGCCAAAAAUUAUAAACACACAUCCUGACUCUGAAGUUUAAGCUCAUGGAAAGUACAAGAAAUUGAAGGUCAAUCAGUUUUCAAAUUCCUUUUUUUUUCCCUUUACUUUUUCCUCUCCUAAUUGUAUACUGCUUAAAGUUGUGACUAAAAGUUCAUUUUUCUGUGCAGAUUACCCCAUUUUAUUCGGAAGCUAGUUUGAUUUUCAAGUUCUAGAAAAACUGAAACAUGAAAGUUUACAGACCCAAACUUAGUAAAGUUCAAAACCAAGUCAAUAAGUACUCUUUCAUGCAUACCUACAUUUUCAAUAUUGUUGCCAUUUUGCGGGCUCCUCAUUCCAGCAUCCAUUGUGCAACUCUUGUGUCACGAGUAAGGUGUGCACUAUUCAGUGUUGCGCUAAGGAUGCCACAGAGUAGAACCAGCAAAACGCACUCGCAACGUUAACAAUUUAUGCCCAAGUGAGAACUUAUCUACAUGGUUUUGAACUUAAUCUUUCGUGGUUCUCCAUGAUUAUUUUCAGUAAAGUUGUUUUUUUUUGGCCACAGCACAAGGCAGUAAGACCUGCUCAAGUUAGUCAUAGCGUAUACCCUAUCAAGUUAACUAUGGCUGUUUUAAAACUCUUGAAAGACAUUUAAUUUCGCAGGGCAAUCACGGGUGGAUUGUAGCUUGCUAAUUCUCGUGAAGGAUUCUUGAGUGUGUCUAAGUCAAUUUUUCUAAUUAUGUUUUUUCAACGUGUUACUCUGCAAUACAGUGUGAGAGGUUAUCAUUUGUCGAGUCUUGUUUUCGUUCAAAAUUGUGAUUUUGCACUAUCAUUUGCAUCAAUGAUCUCAGGAAAUUAUGCCUCAUCAGUCAUGAUGGCAUAGGUUAUUUAAAAUUAAGCCUAAAAUCUAUCCAAUUUUGUGUUAUAUUCCGUUCGUUUUUUAUCUAAAUUUGUUGCCACUCCUCAACGUUUCAACAAUAAUUUAAUGUUGUAUAUGGUAUUUUACAAAGAGCAUCUUUAUUAGUUUUCAGAUGUUGCGUUAUUUUACUCUCCGAAAUCGCUGGAGAGUUGUAUUUCGAUGUUUUUGCCUAGAAUUUAGUUUUUUAAUACCCAUCCCUUUCCUCCUCUUUUUUAUUAUGUUUUUAGUGUAGUACAUGAAUUAAGUUUCUAUUUAUUUUAAAAUGGAAAACCAUUAAAAACAAUUGAAUGAAUUAAUGAAGGAAAAAAUAUUGUGAAAGCUUCUUAUUUCAAAUACAUGUACAUUAAACUGUGUUAAA